AUGGUCUUUGUGUGAAGGCGGGCGAGGAGGACUAGUCUCGGUUUGGCUGCCUGAUUAGCAACAAACAGAAGGACUAUUUGACCGCCAGACUCUUCCUUUGCUUCACCGAGAGCGCUCUGAACUAUGUCGGGUGUUUAACCGGAGCUUUGUGGGUCUCUUUCGAGGAGGACCCGGCGGUGAUUUGUGUCUGAUCUUGGAGACACAACCUCGCUGCUUCUCUUCCAGGUCGUUUCAAAGUGGCGAUGCUGAGCUGAGCUGAUAAGCUGCGUCAUCAUGUUGCUUCCGACUCCUCGAGUUGCCGAAAAGAAAUCUCAAGUUAACAACGACAAGAGGUGAGGCUUGUUCACCGUCAACCAGACACCGGAGGCCAGACUCCCACAGAGACACCCUGAGAGAGAGAGACAUACAGAUGUGAAGCCGCCGCUGGAUCUUCUUGUUUACUGUGAAUCUGGUGACUUUACAUCACUUGGCUCGGCCGGUUUGUUGGCGCGGCAGAUACUCUGCUGCUGGCUGCUUUUAUUAUUAUUAUACAGAAGUGUGAGCCAAAUGGUUUCCAAAACAGAAAGUGGAACUACAUAGCUAUAUAAUAGUAUAAUAGGGGAUGUUUUUAAGCCACACACUGUUUGGAUGUAGCAGUAGAAGUGAUGUGACAGUAUCCAGUGAAAUGACUAUCAUCUGCUGCUGAGGAAAAACAAGUUAUUGUAAAAACCAUAAUAGCUCAUUAGUUUGUCCACUAGGAGAUGUGAGAUUAUUAGCAGGGUGUGGAAGAGUUAUUGUCUACAUAGAUAUAUAAUAGUUUGUUGUUAAAGCCACACACUGUUUAGAUGUAGUAGUAGAAGUGAUGUGACAGCAGAGGACAUCUCCAGUGGAAAAAUCACAUCUGGUGGUGACUUCUUCUUGAGGGAAAAACAAGCUUAUUGUAAAAACCAUAAUAGCUGAUUUAAUUUGUACACGUCCACUAGGAUAUGUGAGAUUAUUAGUAGGGUGUCAGAGAGUUAUUGUGAGGUAUAGGUGGUCUGUAGUAGAAGUGAUGUGACAGCAGAGGACCUCUCCAGUGAGCUGACUCAACAUCUGGUGGUGACUUCUUCUUGAGGAAAACAAGCUAUUGUAAAACCAUAAUAGCUUUAUCUUAAUUUGUAGACGUCCACUAGGAUAUGUCAGAUUGUUAGCAGGGUGUCAAAGAGUUAUUGUAACCAAAUGGUUUCCAAAACAGAAAGUGGAACUACAUAGAUAUAUAAUAGGGUUGAUGGUAAAGCCACACACUGUUUGGAUAUAGUAGUAGAAGUGAUGUGACAGCUGAAAUGCUGCUGACUCCCAUCUGGUAGGGACUUUUCUUGAGAAAAACAAGCUAUUGUAAACAUUAAUAUCUAAUUAGUUUGUAGAUAACCACUAGGAUAAGUCAGAUUGUUAAUGUCAAAGAGUUAUUGUGAGGUAUAGGUGCUCUGUUGUCAUCCACGUGGAGUUUAGGUCUGUGCGUAAAAGUUUGGUGACCAAACAGGACAAGACUGGGUGGUUUCUUCCGAGAGAGGACGCAGCUGUCUUCUCAGUUGCAAAGUUGUGUUUUAACGUUAUUUUAGAUUAUAUAUAUUAAAAAGAAAUGGCCGGCACCCACACUAGUGCUCGUUACGCAAACGCAGAGACGUUUUGUGCGUCCUGGUCGGAUGGACAGAGAGAGAUGGAGACAAAAGGGCGUGGACUUCCUGCACGGUGGUCGCCCCACUUCGAGAUGAUAGACGGGCUGUUGUACCGCAAGAAGCUGGAGAGGGGCUUCAUCAACUACCGGGAGGUUUUGGAUGAGAGCCGGAGACAUGAGGCCCUCUCCACCUUUCACCGGAGGAGGCUGGGCCAGAGACACCUUUCACUGGAGGAGACCUACAAAUGUGUGGCUGAAAACUACUGGUGGGAAGGGAUGUACUUCCAGAUCAGAGAUUUUGUCCUGGGCUGUCUAGAGUGUAAGAGCCAGCGCAUCAAAAAGGAGUCGGGUGGCAGAGGAUGUGUCACAAAGACGAUGGCGUCACACAGCGCUGACAUGCUGAGCAAGCUGAGGAGUCAGCGGGAGGCGGGGCUGUUCUGUGACAUUACACUGCGGACGAACGGGCGAUCCUACUCGGCCCACAGAGCUGUCCUGGCGGCCGUCAGCGAUCACUUCCAGGAAAUCUUCACAGAGAUGGACUCGAGCUUGAAAGCAGACAUAGAUCUCACUGGUUUUAGUGAGGACAGCCUUCUGUCUCUGCUGGAUUUCUCCUACUCCUCCACUCUGUGCGUUCGCCAAGAGGACCUACCUGAAGUCAUCGCCAUGGCCCGCCACCUGGGCAUGUGGCCUGCAGUGGAAGCCUGCUCGGCUCUCAUGAGAGAGCAGGAGCAGAAACUCCGUCCUGGCAAGGGCUUUACCUCAGCCUGCGCUGGUGCAUGUCGUGAGCGUUGCUGCCAGCAGGGGGUAGGCAGAAGGAAAAAGGCUUUGGGAUUAGAUGACAGUCUGAACGGCGGCUUCAGUCUGAUGCUGGAUGUGUCAGAUGAGUCUUUAGAAGGAAGUCCAAGGCGCAAUUUGCGCAGGACACCGAUAACCCAAUGCCAUAACGGUCUCCCUCUGAGCCCCUCACACAGGAUGAAGCUCAUGGACUUCAUAUCUCCCUCUUCCAAGAAAGCUGCUACACGUCGACACACCAUAGCCAACCCACAGUCACAAAAUGACUCGCACACGCCGCCAUCAAACACCCGUCUUCUCCGCUCCACUCCCGGGGCUGCCAUGGAGGUCCAGAGAUUGCUACCGAUGCCAGAGAGCCCUCGACGAAACAGAAAGCCUCACCCCAUCACCCAGCUCUCCCGUGCCGCCUCCGUAUCAAGGGUUACAAAGAUCACUGUGUGCAGCCCCGUGAGGAUAAAGCAGGAAGUUGUUGAGGUUGCAGAGGAUGAACAGGAUUACGCGAGAGCCCAGGAGAAGUACAAACUGAUGAAUGUCCUUGGGUUACAGAGGACCGCCCUCCUCCCCAGACCAGAAGAUCUGAUUGGCUGGAGACAGAAGAAACGACUGAGGAAGCUGAAGGCGAACAACUAUUCACUGACAAAGCGGCGGAAGCCACGCUCCGUCUCCCCAGGACUACCAUAUGGGGCUGUGACACUGUCACUUCCCCUCUGUAACCCCAUUAACACUCACCUCCUCAACAAGUCAGUAAAGACCAAGCCUGUGGGUCCACUCAUCACAGAGCACAUGACAGCAAAGAGGCCAAAGAGCAGCCCGCGACAUGUCCCUCCAAGUGACAGGAGCAUGCGAAGUCAAGGUGUGUUACCAGACAUGUUCCAGCCUGCCUUCGGGGGGAGGGAGCUCAGGCGGUCAGUGAGGAAGGGUGACGGCACCCACCUUCCUGCCCAGCAGCCUCUGCGACGCAACACCAACAAAGCCGUAGUAAGAAACACAGUCAGAAUCAAACCAGAACCAACUGAAUAUUCUAUCUCAGGUUUCCCGUUUUCAUCAAACGACUACUGUGGCCACUCGCCUCGCAAAUCACCACCUUCACACAGGACGCAGGCCACAAAUAAGGUCGCCGUAGAGACGGUCAAAACACCGCGUUACAACAGCGGCCGACCAGCAACAAAGGCCAAGCUUAGGCGGGGCUCCACAAGGGAGGCGGAGAAGCCAAAGUGUAAGCCCAGAGAGGAGGGGAGGAAGGUAGCGGUCAGGGACGCUACACCGAGAGUGAAGGUUAAUGAACCUGGCGGGCUACAGUUUUCAGAGCACGCACCUCCGGCGUCCAUCUACAACCACCCUCUGUACAAAGUCAUCAAAGAGGAGCCAGAAGAUCCCGUGCCAGUUGGAGGACCUUUCUCUGAUCCUCCCUCGUCGGACCUGGGCAAGCGCCAGAGCAAGCCCCCCAUCAAGCUACUGGACUCAGGCUUUCUGUUCAGCUUCUGUCGGCCAGCAGGGGGGCCGAUGGUGGGACUGAAGAAAGAAGAGGAGAGUGUGGAUAUCUGCUUAACGCGCUCCGUGUCACAAGUCGGAGAGAAAUUUGGAGCGGAGGAGUCCCCCCACAGGGCGCUGAGAGCCAGAGGGCCACCAACCCUGCCUGUGGUGAAGAAGGAGAGGAGCGUGAGCCAAAGCAAGGUUCAGAGACCCAGGAUAAACUCCCGAAACGGCACCGUUCACCAGGCCAAAUCUGCCGGGUCAAAGGCCACACGGACCAAGCCAAAGCAGCAAAGCAAACGGCCUCAGAGCAGCAGGAGCUGCGUCACGCUGGACGCUGCAAGUCGGGCAAGACUUAAGCAGCUCCGGGGACCUCGUAGUCAAGUCCCCAAAGCCCCAAAGGCGGCCCAUAACUGCACGCAGUGCUCGGCCACCUACAAGGACUGCGACGCUCUAAUCAUGCAUCGCCUCAGGCACAUCGAGGGCAAGCACUGGCCAUGUCUGCUCUGCAGUAAGACGUUCUUUCGACUGAGGAAUGUACGCAAUCACAUCCGCACCCAUGACCCCAAGUUGUACAAAUGUCGGAGCUGCAUUGCUGCCGGUUCCUGAGGCAGCUGGAGGGUUUCGCUCAAGCAGUGAGACUGAGGAUGAAGGCUGUCCGUGUGUGACACCAGCGAACGGUCUGACGCCGGAGGCACAUGAUCGAUCAGCAGCUUGUACAUAACGCAUCCGUCACACACGUGAGCACAGCGGUCUGUGGAAAGGCAUAAUUACUCUGAUUCUAAUCAUUGCCGUCGUCAAACGGUCGCUAACGUUAUUUAAAUAACCAAACCAAGGUUGCUGGUCCCGUGUUUGCGUUUCCGUAGCUACAAGAAGGUUAAACUUGAACAUUACACUCAGGGGGCGGGGAAUGUGAUGCCACGGUAUAAAGUGAUUUAACGUCACGGUUGUGUAUAAAAUGAAAUGUAAAGUGAUUGUUAUACUGUAACUAUUACUGCUACUUAUUGUUAUUAUUUUUCUAUGUAUAGAUGACUUUUGAGUGCACUUAUAUCAUAGCUUAUGUUGUAAACCUAAGAAGCGGUGUCGGAAUUGAAGGUUUGGAGUCCACGGCGGGAAUACUUGAAGCGAUGCAAGUGCUGGAGGGAAUACUUGAAGUUGGCGGGAGGUUGUAGGAGUGACACUGUCCUUUGGGUGUUUCAGUGGGUCUUUGUCCUUUUGGUGUGCUAACUUUUAAACGACUUGAGCAGCCGGUCCCUCCUUUCGUAUUGAUCUGCUAGUCUGUCCGUGACUCUGGGCUGGUAUGGUGACACCACUGCAUGUGUAUUUGCAGACCGUUUGUGGUCAACUGUCUUUUCUAAGGCUGCCAAUUUUAAAAAGGGAAAAACGUGUCUCGUUUGUAAUGUGAAUUUCUGAAUAGUAAUCAACACAGCUGUGUCAUUACAGAUGUUUUAUUGAUCUCUUCUUCCACUUUGAUCCGAGAAAAGACACUCCGUCGUCUUGUUCUACUUUAAAUUCCCCUCGUACCGAAUAAAUGCAAUGUGUUCGCGUAAAGAGAUGUUUAUGUUUCACAAAUUGAUUUUAGAAAUAAAUGAGCUGUCUAUUGCUAUCUGUUAAAAGACUGAAUAAAUUUUUGCCUUUUAUAUCUCGUUA